AUGAGGCUAAAUCCGUUUUUCCUAAUAGCCUUCCUACUCCCAUUCCUUGUCUCGGUUUGGGGAGAUGCUGUUUCGAUGGAGGCCGAAACCGACGACAGCGGCAGACCGCUUUUGAGUGAAGUCAAAAACAAAAACAUUCUACCGUUGGACUUACGUUCGCUCCAAGAUUGGAGACUCACAGACUUGCUACUAGUCAGCGACAUUGAUGGCAAUCUCCAUGCUGUGGAAAGAAACACUGGUGCUUUUCUUUGGACGCUACCGCUAGACGAACCGUUGGUUCGGGUCUCUAGGAACAAAUUCCCCAGAAAAGACCCAGAGAACAACACAAACUUACUUUGGCUCGUCGAACCUUAUCAGGAUGGGUCAUUGUACUACUUUACACCUCAGUUUGGUCUAAAUAAGCUCCCUACAUCCAUCAAAAAUUUGGUCAUGGAAGCCCCUUUCUCCCUCAGCGGCGACAACAAGAUAUACACCGGUGUCCGCAAGACAUCCUUAUACACAAUUAACAUGCGUACGGGCGAAGUGUUGAAUCAGUUCGGAUCUGCCGACGAGAGUUUCACCCAACUUCCGCCCGAGCUGCAAGAAAACACAAUCAUGCUCGGAAAGACGACAUAUGAGUUGCUGGUCCACUAUAAAUACGACUCAAGCGUUGUCUGGAACAUCACUUACUCUUCAUGGGGUCCCAAUAACAUCGACAAUGACUUGAUCAUGCAAAACGGCCAAUCCAUUGAUGAUCUAUAUUUCACUCCUUUCCAUGACAAAUCUUUGUUGGCUAUCAACAAGGGUAGUGGAACCCCUCAAUGGAUUUGCAGAUUGCCUUCGUUGGCCGUUAAUGUGUUUGACAUCUUCAACAACGAGCAGAACUCAAACCAAUACGUUACAUUACCGCAUCCACUCAAGGUUUUGAACGACUUACAACAGCUUGACGAUGCGCAGAAGGAAGCGUCCAACAACGAUCUCUGCUUCGUCAACAAAACAGCGAACGGUAAGGAGUGGUUUGCAAUGAGUUUCCGCAAUUAUCCCACGCUUCUCAAGUCGGCACCAAUCGCACAAUAUCAGAUGGCACUCUAUCAGUUUGCAACGGGUACUCUAGAUCGCCAGACUCAGGAUUUCCUUUCGCGGCUCAACGUGAGUCGGGAAGAUGUUGAACCGUUCAUCAACGGUGUUCACAAGAUCAACCAUCUUUCUCCUGAUUCUAUGUAUCAACCGCAUCUGCAAUUUCGCAAGGAAGAAUACCUUGGAAUAGGAGACGGCUCUGAAUCAACAGGAGGAAUAGAAAAGGAGCUGAAACAAAUGCCACAUAUGAUUGAUGGAAUACUAUUCCCACAAACGCACGACAAUCCUGGCCUGGGUCUAGCCACCAUCGACGAGAGAAGAAAGGAACUUAUGGCCAAUGACAGAAACUACCCCACUGGACUCCCUGCAACUUAUCCCCAAGGCGACAUUUCAUUAGUUGCACCUGAGAGCAAUCCGACGAUCUCUUUCCUCAGACGUAUCGCAGAAGAUCUCUUAGUGCUCGGUAUUUUGCUUGGUGUACUUUUCAUGGUUGGUAAGUUUGGGGGAUUUUUGCAAUUCACGACAGGAAACGAAUUAGCCUUGGUCGACAAGGCGAAUGACCUAGAAGUGACUAUUCCAUCAACUGAAUUGAAGCAUCCCAAGGUCGUCGACGACACAGUCGAAAAACCGCUUCCUGACAUACCCACUGAACCAAAGAACGUUGCAUCAGAGGUGCUGGAUGCCACUGAAAGCAAAGCUAUUGGGGAGGUAACUGAGAAGAAAGUGAGAAUUGUCACCGAUGAUGAGCAUCAGAAUGAAGCUCCUGCUGAGAAUGGCAUUGAUGGGGCAGUUAAUCAAGAAGCUGACCCAAAUAUGCCGACAAAGAAGAAGAGAAAGAGAGGUAGUCGAGGCGGGAAAAGAGGAGGAAAAGGCAAGAAGAAUGUCGAAGCCAAAGAUGAUGAGGAGCACAAGGACGAGACAUUUGAAAACACCCAGGUGGCUAGUGAUGAGUCCAGUGUUGAUGACUCGGAGCCUAUUGCGACAAAAUCGCUAGUGAAGCAAUUUAACAAGAGGCCCAGUCUAAACAAGAAGUUGCAGAUCGAUAACAACUUGAUCAUUUCUGACAAGAUAUUGGGCUAUGGUUCACACGGAACCGUCGUUUACGAAGGAACUUUCGAAAACAGACCAGUCGCCGUCAAAAGAAUGCUUCUUGAUUUUUAUGACAUCGCAAAUCACGAAGUCAGGCUCUUACAAGAAAGUGAUGACCAUCCCAACGUUGUUCGUUACUUCUGUUCUCAAUCGAGUGAAACGGAGAAGUUCUUGUACAUUGCGCUUGAGUUGUGUGUGUGUUCUCUCGAAGAUCUUGUGGAGAAACCAAAGGUCGACAACAGUGCGUUGAAGCUCGAUCAGAAUCAUAAAAAUGAAGUCUUGUUGCAACUUGUCAGUGGACUUCACUAUUUGCAUUCCCUUAAAAUUGUCCAUCGUGACAUCAAGCCACAGAAUAUCUUGGUUGGUGACUCUACACGCAAGAGUCACGCCAAGACGCUAGCGGCCUUCAGGCUCCUCAUUUCAGAUUUCGGUUUAUGUAAGAAGCUUGACGCCGAUCAGUCUUCGUUCAGAGCAACUACGCAGCACGCUGCAUCUGGUACCUCCGGAUGGAGAGCUCCCGAGCUUCUCUUGCAUCAUGACCUUAUUGAGAUUUCCCCCGACACUGUAUCGUCACUCAAUUCUACUUCCAAGCAUUCAAUCAAGGAUGGAAGUGGCUUGCUGAAUGGUUCAGGCAAAAGACUUACAAAAGCGAUUGACAUAUUUUCCCUCGGUUGUGUUUUCUAUUAUAUAUUGACUUGUGGAGGCCACCCAUUUGGCGAUCGCUAUUUGCGUGAAGGAAACAUUGUGAGAGGCGAAUAUGAUUUGUCUGCUCUCAAGCAACAUUGUCCGGAUGACUGGGUGGAGGCAACUCAUUUGAUCUCAACAAUGAUAUCCUUCAACCCUAAAGCAAGACCUGAUACCGCUGCAAUCAUGAAGCACCCAUACUUUUGGAAUCACAGCAAGAAAUUGGAGUUUCUCCUCAAAGUGAGCGACAGGUUCGAGAUUGAGAAGAGAGACCCACCCAGUCCACUUUUGCUUAGCUUGGAAGACACAGGUCAUGUUGUACACCAAGGCGACUGGCUCGCCAGGUUUGAUCAGGAGUUUAUCGACAACUUGGGAAAGUACCGCAAAUACAACACAGGCAAGGUGAUGGACCUUUUGAGAGCAUUCCGGAACAAAUACCAUCACUUCAACGAUAUGCCUCCUGAGCUACAAGUACAAAUGAGCCCACUUCCCACUGGAUUCUAUUCUUACUUCAACAACAAGUUUCCGAAGCUCCUCAUGGAAAUUUACCGUGUUGUCGACGAUGAAGGUAUAAGAGACGAGCAUAUUUUCGAGAGUUUCUAUCUCUAG